UUGGAUUUUUUGUUAUCUAGACUAUUAACUGUUUGAGACAAGAAAAAGGAAAAAAAAAAAAACAAUUAUUUAAUAUUAAUUGAAUGGCUUUAAUUUAGUUAAGGAUGAGGAAGAUGAUGAUUCGAAAAUGAAGGUGGUGGAGACUGCAAAUGGCUGCUGAGUACUGAGACACUCUGGAACACCCCCACAAACCCUAAGAGUCUCGUCUGAAGAUUUCCGCAAUCACUGGAACUGAUAUACACUUACGUUGCAAUAAGAGGAGCCACACAAACAAAGAGUCAUUGACCCACGAAAUCGAUUUAACAAUUGAAGCUUCCCAUGAUUUGACUUUCCCUGAUGCUCGUUUAUGGGAAAGGGUUUCUAAAGUGCGAAGCACCUGGAGUUCCAUUCUUUUAUGACAAAAGAAAAUCCUUCUUCACUAAAACAAAGAGGGGCUUUCACAGUUUACCUUUGGGCACUGGGGAUCGUGUUUAUUUCAACACAAAUCUUAGGUACUCAAGCAAAUCAAUAGAAGUUGUGGACAAAGCUGCCAUUGAUAUGGGUUCAAAGGAAGACAAGGCAGAUAAUCCAGCUUUAUCUUCAUAUGAUGAUGCCAUGGAAGCGCUGUCGACUCUUAUUUCUCGUCGAAACCGUGGGGACCGCACACCUACUAGAGGAAAUCGUGACAAGCUUGAACAAGUCAUCACAUAUCUCAAGAUUUUGGGCCUGGAGGAAAAAAUAAAAGAACUAAAAGUUAUUCAUGUCGCAGGAACAAAAGGAAAGGGUUCAACAUGUGUCUUCUCUGAGGCAAUUUUACGUAAUUGUGGGUUUCGAACCGGAAUGUUUACAUCUCCUCACCUGAUUGAUGUGAGGGAAAGAUUCCGAAUAGAUGGCUUGGAUAUAUCUGAGGAAAAGUUUCUACAGUAUUUCUGGGAAUGUUGGAAGUUACUGAAGGAGAAAGCUGUAGAUGGUCUUACCAUGCCUCCCCUUUUUCAGUUUCUCACAGUAUUGGCAUUUAAGAUUUUUGUUUGUGAAAAGGUUGAUGUUGCUGUCAUUGAAGUUGGACUUGGGGGAAAACUUGACUCGACAAAUGUGAUUCAAAAACCUGUUGUCUGCGGCAUAGCUUCUCUUGGGAUGGAUCAUAUGGAUAUAUUGGGAAAUACGCUGGCUGAUAUUGCAUUUCAUAAGGCUGGGAUUUUUAAGCCUCAAAUCCCCGCCUUCACAGUACCACAACUCUCUGAAGCAAUGGAGGUUCUUCAGAAAACAGCUAAUAAUCUUGAGGUUCCUCUGGAAGUAGUACCGCCUCUUGACCUUAAAAAGUUGGAUGGAGUUGCGCUUGGCUUGUCUGGGGAUCAUCAGCUUGUAAAUGCAGGUCUUGCUGUUUCUCUUUCAAGAUGCUGGCUUCAAAGAACUGGAAAUUGGGAGAAGAUGUUUCCAAAUGGAAGCAAGGAAACUGAGAUUCCCGUGGCUUUUUGUCGUGGUCUUGCAACGGCACGUCUACAUGGGAGAGCUCAGGUUGUUCAUGAUGUAGUUUCAGAUCCGCAGGAAUCGUCAGGUUCGAUGGAAACUCCAUGCGGUGAUCUGAUCUUUUACUUGGAUGGAGCUCACAGUCCAGAGAGCAUGGAGGCUUGUGGUCGAUGGUUUUCUUCUGCAGUCGGAGGAAACAAAAGCUUAUCCACUGCUGUCAAUGGUUACAAGAGACAUGAGGAGUAUGGUAGAGACUUUAACAGAGUCUCCAAACAGAUUCUUCUGUUCAACUGCAUGGAAGUGAGAGACCCUCAAGUCUUACUUCCAAAGCUGGUCACCACUUGCGCUUCCUCAGGCACUCAUUUCUCAAGAGCGCUUUUUGUCCCGAGCAUGUCUACGUACAACAAGGUUAUUUCGGGUGCAUCAGCAAUUCCUUCGGAUACUCGUAGAAAGGAUUUGACUUGGCAAUUCAGACUACAAAGACUAUGGGAGAAAUCAAUCCAAGGAACAGAUGCUGCCCUUGACCAUACACUGAAGCUCGAUGGAAUAACGGUACCACCUCAUGAUUUCUUGUGUGGAGAUGCACCUCAAUGUGGUGGAGCUGCAGGGACGACACAAGUCACUUCCAGCGCCGUAAUGCCUUCACUUCCGUUGACAAUAAACUGGCUACGGGACUGCGUACGCCGAAACCCUUCACUGAAACUAGAGGUGUUGGUCACAGGAUCGCUACAUCUAGUCGGAGACGUGCUCAGGUUGCUAAAGAGAUGAUUUACGUUUUACCAACAAAUCUUAAAAAAAAGGUUCCUUAAGAGUAAUCUUACAGAGCUUCAAUUGUUUUAUCCUUGACUUAUUUUUUUUUCUCAUAACUACCAUUAUGAUUCUUUGGUCCAUUUUAUCUAACAUGAGAACCCUCCUCUUAAGCUGUAUUUUUCUGUUAAAUUUUUAAUUUACAUUUCUUCUCAUCUCUCA